AUGUCUAAUUCCCCAGUGGUGUUGAUUUGUAUAUAAAAUCCAGACUUCAUUAAUAUAACUGUGACACAUGUCUAUUCAAACUUUAUACAAUUUGGAACAAUUGAGAAAAUUUUAAUCUUCGAGCGAAACAAGCCAAUAUGGAAGGCAUUAGUCUAGUUCGAGAGCUAAAAGUCAGCCGAAAAUGCAUUGUAACUUAACAAUACUAUAAUGCAUGGGCUGUCAAUUUUGGUGUAUGAAUCGAAUCGUAAAGGACUUGACUUUUAAGCUCGCAAUUAAUAUGCUAGAUAUUACAUUGCCCAAUAGACCUAAGGCGUAGUGCAUUCUACAGAACUCCCACGAAAUGAUUAGUUUAGUAAAUGGUUGCCACAUUCCCAAGCAUUACCUCAAUCUUUGACUGGAAUGCCUCCUCUGCCUAGUUAGUUGGCAGACACCUUGAACUUUGAAAAGGUGGAUGGCAAUUCCUAAUAUGAUUCAGAGGAAGAAGCAACAGAUGAUAAAUAGGAGGAUUUUUCCCAACAAUUUGUAAAUACAAUUGACAAUAAUUUAACACAGCUUCUAAAAUUCUCUGAAGGACAUCGCAUAUGCACAUCUUAGUAACUCCCAAGCAAUAUGCAAGUGGAGAAGCAAAUAUUUUAAUCAGAAAUUCUUCCCCAAAAAAAACUCAUAACCAAAGUGCUUUAUGCAAAUUGGUUUGACCCUAAGCAAACAACCAUGCCCAUGAUCUACAACAUAUUCAGCACUUUUGGGAACAUACAGAAAAUGAUAUUUUUUAAGACCAAAUGUAACGUCUUGAUAGAAUACUCGACAGAAGUAAGCGUGAAGUUUCUGUUAACAAAUUUCAACGAAGGCAAUCCAACCUUGUUUGGGUAAAAAUUAAAAGUUUAUCCAUCCAAUUAUGAAUUCAUAUUCUUCAGAAACUGUGAGGAGGGUUAAUUACCAAAGAACACCGAAGAGGAGGAAUUCUAUCUGGGAAAUGAGGCUUCAUUUAGAUACAAAGACAAUAAUUUUAAAUAUUUGGUGGCUCCCUCUUAGUAAAUUAUGUUGACAAACUUGAAAAAGGAGUUUUGUGAGGAGGGCAUAAUUUAUGAUACAUUUUCUAAGUUUGGCCCAAUUGAAAAAAUAAAAAUAUUUUGUGAAGAGAAGAACAAAAAUAAAUGUCUAAUCAAAUAUCAAGACUUAGAAUCAGCCAUUCAAGCCAUGGCUAUAAUGCAUAAUUAUGAGUACAAUAAGAGAAAAAUUCAGAUUUUCUUUUCAAAAAAUAAAUCAUGA